GAUAAUAUACCUCUCCAAACCCUCAAGAAUUUGUGUGUGAGUCUUCCUACACAGCUGAGGGGUGUGAUUAAGCAUAAAGGAAGCAGCACCAAGUAUUAAAACCUUAGUAAGUGUGCAAAUAUAUAUUAUUAUGUUUCGUGGUACAUGUUUGUGUUUUGGUACUUGUGCGGGGAAGGGGCAGCAUAAUGCCAUGACUAGCACUGUACUUUCUCUAUACAUGUAUAUUUUAGGGAAUAAUAAUAAAAUAUUAUGUGUGAUGAAUUCUUAUAAUAAUUAUCUAUUUUUUUAUUUUAUGUACAGUUACAAAUAACAGUAUGGUCUCUGGUUAACAAGUCAGUCUCGUAUAUAAAACAUCCAAAAAACAUUGCACAGGGAUUACAGUUCAGUCCAGACCAUGACUAUUUGGCUGUGGCUGAGAGGCGAGAGUGUAAGGACUUUAUCUCUCUCAUAGAAACUAAAUCGUGGCAGUUAGUUAAGCACUUUGAUGUAGGAACAAAAGAUCUAGCAGGUUUUCAGUGGUCCAGUAAUGGCUCAGUUCUUGCCAUAUGGGAAACUCCUCUAGAGUAUAAAGUGCUUAUUUAUUCUCUUAGUGGGCAGUGUCUAGCAACCUAUUCAGCAUACCAGUGGUCACUUGGUAUAAAAGGAGUGAUUUGGUCCCCCUCUGGCCAGUUCCUAGCAAUUGGUAGUUAUGAUCAGAAGGUACGCUUGAUGAACCACUUGACAUGGCGUAUCAUAGCAGAUUUUCCACAUGAAUCAACUAUUAACUCAGAAAACUGCAUCAUAUAUAAGGAGGUGGAAAAGCCUCUAACUGGCUAUCCAGCUACCCUAGCAUCAGUCCAAGGUCUUCCACUAGUUCUUGAAACAACUUAUAAGGAAGAGGAAACCAGACCAGUGAGCCUUGCAUCUAUCACUGUAGAACCAGGAAAGCAAGCUAGUCCACAUAUUGGUAUCGGGAUUCUUCUCUUCAGUAAAGAUAACCGCUAUCUAGCAAGCAGGAAUGAUAAUAUGCCAGCUACCAUUUGGAUAUGGAGUAUACCAAAGCUGACACUCAAGGCUAUACUGGUACAUGUCAGUCCUGUGAAAGAAUUUGCCUGGGAUCCACAACAACCUCGUCUUGCAGUUUGUACAGGGAACAGUCAUGUUUACUUCUGGUCUCCCUUUGGCUGUCUGACAAUUGCCAUUCCAGGAGCACCGACACUGCAGAUUGUAUCCCUUAGGUGGCAUCCUUCAGGCUCUUCCUUAGCACUGAUGGGACGUGAUCAGUUUUCAAUUUGCUUCAUGGAUUCCAGGUCACGGAUGAAGGAACUCCAUUCCAGCUCAUAGCUACAAUUAUCCAGGUACUUUUUGAAGAUUGGAAAGCUUGAAGUCAUCUGAUACACUGUAUCUGAAAAUUAUUCUAAAUGUAACCUUUUCAAAAAGUGGGCAGUUCCUGAAGGAAACCAAUCAUCAAAGAUAUACACAGAGUAUUCUUCUGCUGCACUGCUUUAUAAACAAGAUAAGGCUAAGAUUACUCAGUAUGGAAAAGAAAUAAACUUUAAAAUUCUGCAGUUGGUAAAAUUUCUGUUGUAGCAGAAAAUUAACAUGGACACAUUAUCAAUAUAUAAAAGUAAGUUACUUAAUGAGAUCUGUGAUGAAGGAAAGCUGGAAAUGUUUUAUGGAUGUCUAGCAGCUAGAAUGGGGGUAUGAUUUCCCUCAACUGUUCUUCCCUUAGCUUUGAAGGUGAUAAAAAGAAUUUUAUAUAGACAUAACAAAUAUUAAUAUAAAUAUUUGCACAAAUUGCUCUUCCAUAUAUUUAUUGCAAUUUUGUUAUUUCUAACUUGGGAUGAUCUGAAUAACAAUGGUUGAAUACCAUAUAAUGUAUAUUUACAUACUGUGUUUCCUGGUAGAGUGCAAUGCUGUAUAUUUUUUUAUAUCUAUAAAAUUAAUAAAUAGUAUUUUCUACGUUCUAUUUUGUUUUUCUUAAUUUUUUUAACAACCUGGACUGUUCCCACUGAGGUAGGGUGACGAGAAGAGGAAGCAACAUUUUCAUUCUCAUUCAGUCACUGUCUUACCAGAGUUCAAAUGACCCUCCAAACUGCAACAUUCCCACCCCUCCUUCAGAGUGAAAACACUACUUACCAUCUCCAGGACUCAAGUCCAGCUAACCCUUCACAGAUGUUACCUUGCUCAUAAUCCAACAGCACAUCAAAUCAUAAAAGCCACUUGCCUCCACUCCUAUCUAACACAAGCCUGUUGGAUGUCCAAGCCCAUUAUAUACAAAACCUCCUUUACAUCCCUUCCAUCCAACUUUUCCUAGGAUGACCCCUAGACCUCCUUCCCUCCAUUUUGGAUUUACACAUGCUUCUAGUCAUCCUAUUUUGCUCCAUUCUCUCUAAAUGUCCAAACCACCUCAACUAUCCUCAGCCUUCUGAAUAACACUUUCGAUAAUCCCACACCUCCUAAUCUCCAGACUCCAAAUUCUCUAUAUAAUAGUCACACCACACAUUACUCUUAAACAUGACAUCUCCUCACUUCAUCAUUUAAGACCCAUGUUUCACACCCUUAUGAGUGUUGGGUGUGUGUGUGUGAGGAGGAGGCUGGAGGCAGGAAAUAUGUUGUGUUUGAGGGCAGGUUGGAGGCAGGGAAUAUAUUGUGUUUAAGGGCAAUGUGUAACAUGAAUAUUAUGCAGAGAAUUCAGAGUUUGGAGGUUAGAAAGAGGUGUGGGGUUACCAAAAGAAUUAUAUAUUCAGUUACAUUUAUAUUAAGUGAAUAAAUAAUUUACUUUGUGAAUAAGUAUGGUUCAACUCUUCUUAGAUUUUCAAUUAAUCUCUUUUAGAUUUUUCACUUAGUACUAAUUAGAAUUUUCAGGAUUUCUUAAACUAUCUGAAUUAUUUUUUUUCAUCAAACUGGCCAUAUCCCACCAAGGCAGGGUGGCCUUUAAUUAUCUGAAUUAUAUGAAGUUUAAAUAGGAAUACAGUACUCUCCAUAUACCACAUGUUACAUGGUUAUAGUAAAGUUUAUUUUUCUAUAAAUAAAUAAUAAAAACAUGCAAGAUUUCAGGUACAUCUCACUACUUCUUCUUACACUUAGGUCACACUACACAUGCAUGUACAAACAUAAACAUACAUACCCCUCUGCAUUUUCUUCUAUUUUUCUUACUAGUUCUUGUUCUUGUUUAUUUCCUCUUAUUUCCAUGGGGAAGUGGAACAGAAUUCUUCUGGCAUAAGCCAUAUGUGUUGCAAGAGGUGACUAACAUGCCAGGAGCAAGGGGCUAGUAACCCCUUUUCCUGUAUACAUUACUAAAGUUAAAAAGAGAAACUUUCGUUUUUCUUUUUGGGCCACCCUGCCUCGGUGGGAUAUGGUCAGU